UUCACAUAGACACGUGGAUUAGGCGUCCUUAAAAUCUUUAUCAAAGUAUUUUGCAAGUACGUAAACAUGACUUCCAAAGACCUAAUGAAGUUUGAAAAAGCCAUGGAGUCCAUGGAACCCAUGGAAGUGAACGAUAACCUCGAGAAAACACUGGAGUUUUUGAAAAGGAACAAUAGCGAAUUAUAUUUUCCCUCCAUUUCGCCCUAUGUUGAAGCGUUUCUGGUCAAUUUAGUCACUGAUACAAGGAAUCUGAGGUGCAAGGCCUUCAAGCAAGCCGAUAGAUUACUUGCCGAGAAGAUAAUUGAAGUUCUAGAGAUGUCCCGGGAGGUAUUUCGGUGGACACAUACAUAUGAGAACGGAAACAUCUUAGUGUAUAAAAAGAUAUUCUCUAAUAAGAUUAAGAAAAAGCCAGUCAAGCUGAGGUCACUGCUGCUUGAAAAAGUACCAAAAAACAGCAACAUAUCUAAGAAAGGCAAAGAAAAACCUGUAACUAACAAUAAAGUUAGUGAAAUAAAGAAUAAAGUCGAAGUACAGAAGGUCAAAAAUCUGUCAAAUAGUUCGCAGAAAGAAAAUAAGGAUUGUAAUAUACAAACUGAACAAACUCUAAGCAACAGUUUCCUGGACCCGUAUUACGCUGAUGCCGCCACCGCUGUUCCUUCUCUGAGCCUCCUCUCAAAUAUUACUGAGAAAUUCUUCAGCAAAACGGUCACCGCUCUCACAGACUUUGCGGACAAUGAGAACUGCAAGAUGAAGACAUUUAGUCAGCUUUCGGAAGGAGAGAUCGAGUUUGUGAAGGAGGUUCUAUCAUUUGCAGGAACCAUAUCGGUGCGAGACAUGUUCAUGCCGAAAUACCGCAUUUUGUUGUGGAAACUGGAUCGAAUCGUGAAGAGAGCGCGACACACUUGUGAACUCACUUACACCGUCGUUGAGAAAGACAGAAGUAUAACAUGGAUUAAACGCCAAAAAUCUGCCAGUGCCAUUUCUACAUCAGCAGACACCGAAUCUUCACCGCUCCCACCGUUGGAACUGCUCACAAACAUCACAGAGGACUUCUUCAAAGAGACCGUUAAAGAUUUAACGCAUUUCGCGGACGACGCCACCAUUGCCAGUUGGACUUUCUGUCAGCUUACCGGGGAACAGAUACUGUUUGUCAAGAAUAUUAGACAAUUGGCAGGUACAACCAGAAUUCGGGAAUUAUUUGACUCGAACUAUCGGGACAUGCUCUGGAGAUUAAACUACAGUAUCAAUGAAGCUGCUAGCACCUCUAAGAUAACUAGUAGCGUCAAUGAGAAAGAAAGAAGCAUAACAUUAAAGAAAACGCCAAAAUUUGCUGCGCCAGCACCAGUGCCACCAAAAGUACAGCCCAACGUCGCAACGGGAACCAGAAGCAAAUCGAUGGGGCAGAUGAAAACGACGGACCGAUCCUUGAGUAGAGACAGAUUGAUACAGUUCGAAAAAGGCGGUAAAACCACAGAUACCAUAGACCUUACCGUGACUACAGACGACGCACCAAAGCAAAAACCAGAGCGCGGGCGAAGUAUGAACAGGCGAACUGCGAAGCUGCUGGAAGACUUAGCUACGCCAGUUGAGAGCGAUAUUGGGAUGAGAAUGAUGAUGCUAAUGGGCUGGCAGGGCGGAGCAUUAGGAGUUCGUGGCGAUGGUAUCAUGGAACCAGUCAUGCCUAACAUCGACCAGCCUAAACGGGGCGGGUUAGGCCAUGUGCCCCCUCCUAAGAUAGUUCCUCGGAAACCGAUCGAUUUCCGGCAGAUGUUGAUACAUAAUUUACUGGAUUUCCUCCUACAUGACGACUGGAAGAAAGAUAUUGUGUUUAAGGAACCGCUAGUAAAAAAAGAGCAAAAGUUCCUCAACAAUCUUCUAACAUCUGUGAACCGUCGUCGCAAAAUGUCACUGACUGAAAAGGAAAACGAACUUAUAGCUAAAAUGUAUAGCAGGCUAGCCGACUACCCUACUGUGGAGCUUAAAGGAGAACUCUCACAAGAUCUCAAAACAAUAACCCUACAGAAACUAGUCGACCGCCCACUGCGAGGGAUCAUCAAAAUACCAAAAUCCAAAAUCCCCCCACUCCCCCCGUUACAACCCGCCCCCAAGCUUGUAAAGCGGACGUGGAACUGGUCAUAUCAAGGGCGGAUGUCGCCAACAUAUAUCCACAUAUAGAUGUCGCUCAAAUGGAAGUGCCGGCUACGCCACAGAAUGUCAGAAAGAGGGCGCUCCGGUUGCUAUUUCUAACUAAACUAGCCGAAGCGCUUAGCUGGGAUUGGUGGGAUCAGAUCACAUUCAAGUACGAACACGGUGGCAUCCCGGAGUUUGUAACAAUAUUCAUCCGCACGGCAAUAGUGCACCUCAACAAGAGAGACACCUGUCUCAGCCUGUACGGUGUUGAGGAGCCGAUGUACAAGGCCAUGCUAGAAACUUUGUCCGAAGAUGAAGCUGUACUUGCUAUUGAGUUCAACACCACUCCAAAAUUCGUACUCACACGGACGAAAAUGGUUAAGGAAAUCAGUUUGCCCACUAAUUUCGUGAAAUUCAAAAUCACUGAUAAAAAUAAAGACAAAAAUGUGAAAUCAGUCAAUAGCAACCAAGAUGUUAAAGUGAAUGAUAAAAAGGAGCCCCAUGAAAAGGAUACGCCAAAAGAAUUAAAUGAUGAUCGUUCAAAUGGGAUUGAGACAAAUAAUCUGAAAGAUACAGCUAGCGCUAAUAUUGACGGAAAGAUUAAAGGUAAUAUAGUAAAUAAAAAUUCUGCUGGCAGUAAUAGAGUAGAAGAAAGAUUUAUUGAGACAACCGAAUAUGCGCCAAAACACAAAACUAAAGAAAAUAUCGACAUGGAUCUUAAUAAUAAUAAAGAUGAUUUUCUGACGAAAAAAUCUGACAAAAACAAUUCUGAAAGAACUAUUUUAGAAACUGAUAAUGCUAAAAAUAAAACUAGUAACAUUCAAAGGGAUUAUUUGACUAGCGAAACUAUAAUUAAAGUAUCGGAGAUUAAGAUUGAAGCUAAUGAUGACAUAGAACCUAAUAAAAAUAAGGAAAAUGAUAUAUUGAUGAAUAUUGAAGAAAUUAAGAAGGAAAAGACUGAUUAUGAAUAUGAUAAUAAUAAUAUUAUAAAUGGUCUGUCUGAUUUUGAUAAAGACAUACAGGAUUUAGAGAUGGUAUUAAAUUCAGAGAUAGAUGUCGCCAAAUAUGUAAAAAAAGAAAAUUACACUCAUGAGUGUGGUAAUGAUUUAGAAAUGACGAUGGCAGAUACUGAUAGUUUGAUAAUAAAGCAAGAAAAUGAUGACUCUAAUUUAAGUGGUAAAAGAUCUCACAGUAAUUCAAUAUGCUCACAAGAGUUUGGUCCCAAAAAAACUAAAAUUUACAUGGAAAGUGAUGAAAAUGUAGUGAUAAUUAAACCAAAGAAUCCUGACGAGAUAAUGACCGAAGAUAUUAUAAGAGAAGUACAAACUUUAAUGGGUGAAGAACUAGAUAAAUCUGGUGGAUUUCUACCGCUACUCAAAUGUCAUGGCGCACAAAAUGGCGGCCUGAUAUACAGUUGCCAUGACGACGACGAUGUUGCCUGGGUAAAAAAAGUGAUCAGUGAUGCCAACUUAGAUUUAGAAAUCGUAACUAAAGAAUUAGUAAAGAAAAAUCGCGAGAUGCUUAUUAAAAUAAACAGCUACAUUCCGUUAGAUACUAAGAAAGUAUUUCGUAAAUUUGAAAUUUAUAAUGUGGGAUUAGAUACUAAAUUUUGGAAAGUUUCUUACAAACAGGAGUCUAACACUUUUGUAAUAUUUAUUGUAAGUGUAGACGAGAAAUCUUUCAAGUAUAUUAGUGAUGAAAAUUUCUCAUUGUACUGUGGUAUAGAUAGAGCUCAAUUCAGUAUUAUAUGAAUAAUUUCUAUGUAGGUUCACUAGGUACCUGAUAUGUGAGUGUGAAUCGACAAAGUGCAAUGUCCCACUGGCGAUUGCUAUAAAGCCGCUUUGUCAGUUUAUUCAUAUAAAGAUUCAAGUAAAUCUCGCCUUAAUGGUAACCGACAAAGUGGAACGUUUUACUAAACACACUCAUAUUUAUGUAAGUUCAGUGCUACCUCGCCAUAUUGUUAAGUACACAGAUUGUCAUAUAUACAGGGUGCCCGGUAAUUAAUGGACAACCUUUUAACCACCAAGAGGGCACCUUAUACUGGUCCAGAAAAUUGGCUUUAAGGUAUAGUAAAAGUCGCUUGGU